GUACUUAAUCAGCAAAAAUUAAGUAUAUAUGAUAUAUAAUUAUUGACAAGAGUUUCAGGAACAUUUAUCAUCAGGGUUUCCUGUUUUAUGAUUUAGAUCUUCUAGAAUUUCACCCCCUUGAAAUAUCCAUUGAAGGGCUGUAAAGGGUUUAACAUAUAUACAUAUAAGGAAAUUAAAUAACCCGAUUUCAGGUCAAUAUUGAGUACGGUGACCUCUCUAUUGAUUUUUCUCUGCGGUGGGCGUUACGUGUUAUAAGUUGUUUUAUGUUCCAGGAGAUUAGCAGAGCUAAGCAUCAGGUCAGCAGGUGAGAUACUUUGAGACGUUGAGGCGAGUUUUGUCUCCGAGAUGUCUACCCAGCCUCAACUACUGGGCUACACCCAAACCUCAAAGGAUGGGUCAGCAAUGAGCGGCAUGGAAAUGAACAGAAAGGGGUUGGGAAAAGAUUCGGAAGGGGAGGAAAUGAUGGCCAGUAAUGGCUGCCCGGCAACAGCAUCCACGGUGGAUGUGGAUAACGUGGAUAUCAGCGCGGAUAAAGACGGAGUAAAUGAAGGAGAGAAAGACAAAAAGAAAGAAGAGCCGCAGAAGAUGGUCGGAAAUUUAGAAAUUUUCAAAUACUCAGAUUGCAUCGACAUUAUUAUGAUGAUACUUGGGUCCAUAUGUGCAAUGUGCCAUGGCGCCUCCUUGCCUUGUAUGAUUAUCGUGUUCGGCAGCAUGAUCGACACAUUUGUCGAGUCCAAGAAAUUCGAAUAUUUUCUCCUGAGCUUAAAUUCUACAUAUUUAUCAUCUGCUGGACUCACUGUUAAUGGAAUAAUUAAAGAGCCUGAACUACUGAAACCUCAUUUAAACAACCUGACCACCUAUUACAAUGUCACAGACUUCACACUGUACAACGACCAGCUCAGUAACGAUCUGUUGGACGUAAUGACAGAGUUUGCUGUCUAUUACAUAGCCAUCGGCUGUGCUGUCCUCGUAUUGGGGUAUGGACAGGUGGUGGGGUGGGUGACUGCUGCAGAGCGACAAUGCCACAAAAUCAGGAUCAAGUUCUUCUCCAAUGUAAUGAGGCAAGAGAUUGGCUGGUUCGAUACGCAUGACUCGGGCGAGCUUAGUACCAGACUAUCAGAUGACAUCAAUAAAAUCCACCUUGGGAUAGGGGAUAAGAUGGGGACCUUCAUCCAGUGGAUGUCCGGAUUCUUUGCUGGAUUUGCCAUCGGAUUUGCUUAUGGAUGGAAACUGACCCUUGUCAUCCUUGCUAUCAGUCCCGUAUUGGCCGGAGUGGCCGUUCUGAUGAGUAAGCUGAUGUCCAUGACCUCCAGUAAGGAGUUGAGUGCGUAUGCCAAGGCGGGGUCGGUGGCAGAGGAAGUGCUUGGGGCCAUCAGAACGGUGGCAGCUUUUGGUGGACAGACAAAAGAAUGCAACAGGUAUAAUGGUCAUCUAGAUGAGGCCAAGAAGAGUGGUAUAAAGAAAGGGAUCACUGUUGGAUGGUCAACCGGACUAGUGUUUCUAGUCGUAUUCUGCGCCUACGGACUUGGGUUCUGGUAUGGGGCAAAACUUAUCCGUGAAGAUGACGAUUAUCGAGUAUCCAAUGUCUUACCGUAUAUACUCGUAUUUUUCAGUGUUUUAAUUGGAGCAUUUUCUUUGGGUCAUGCUGCACCCAGCAUGCAAAGUUUAGCCACUGCUAGAGGGGCAGCAUACACUAUCUUUGAUCUUAUGGAGCAGGAGCCUCACAUAGACUCGUCCUCGGAUGCGGGCGAGAAACCAUCUAAAGUGGAAGGAAAUAUUACGUUGAGGAAUGUCAAAUUCCGCUACCCCGCCAGAGAGAAUGUCCAGGUUCUGAAGGGUGUGUCAUUAGACAUCAACAGAGGGGAGACGGUGGCCCUGGUGGGCUCCAGUGGCUGUGGUAAGAGUACCAUCAUACAGCUACUACAACGCUUCUACGACCCAGAGGAAGGAGAGGUCGCACUGGACGGUAGGAACAUCAAGAACUUGAACACAAAAUGGCUGAGACAGCAGAUAGGGGUGGUCAGUCAGGAACCAAUUCUAUUUGCCACCACCAUCGCAGAGAACAUCCGCUAUGGCAAGGAGGGCAUCUCUCAGCAGGAGAUCGAAGCCGCUGCCAAAAUGGCCAACGCCCACGACUUUAUCAUGAAUUUUCCUAAUAAAUACGAGACACUGGUGGGAGAGAGGGGGGCCCAGAUGAGUGGAGGACAGAAACAGAGGAUCGCAAUCGCCCGGGCCCUGGUCAAGGACCCCAGAAUCCUGCUGCUGGACGAGGCCACCUCAGCUCUGGACACGGAUAGUGAGUCGGUCGUACAGGAGGCGUUAGACAAGGCCAGGGCUGGUAGAACCACAAUAGUGGUAGCCCAUAGACUGUCCACCAUCAAAACCGCCGACAAAAUCGCCGGCUUCCAGGAAGGUGUUAUUGUAGAAAAUGGAACACAUGAACAGCUGAUGGAAAAAGGGGGUGUGUACCACACACUGGUGACCAAUCAGACACAAGAUGUUGAUGAAGAAGAAGGAUUACAAGAUGAUGAAGAGGAGGAGCUGAUAGCCGAGUUCAUCCAAGACAAGAAGACCGUCGACCGUCAGCUGUCUCGUCAGACAUCUCAUCAAGCCAAGAGUCCGCUCAAGACCCAGCUGUCUGUCGAUAAAGUCCCCACCACAACAGAUGCCAAAGAAGGGAAAAAGGAAGAUUCAGAGGAACCCCCCCCAGUCAGCAUCGCCAAGGUUUUGAAGAUGAAUGCCAAGGAAUGGCCGUACAUUAUGUUUGGUUGUCUGGCGGCCAUAGGUAACGGAGGAGUCCAGCCAGCCUUCGCCGUCAUCUUCUCAGAAAUCCUAGGGGUGUUCUCUGAGACGGAUCCUGAUGUACAGAAUGAGAAGAUCAACAUGUACGUCUUACUGAUGUGUGGCAUUGGAGUGAUCAGCUUCUUCACCUUCCUCGUUCAGGGCUACUGUUUUGGAUAUUCUGGCGAGAGCUUGACCAGCAGACUGCGUAGAUUGGUGUUUAAGGCCAUGCUCAGACAGGACAUCUCUUUCUUCGACAACCACAAAAACUCCACCGGCGCUCUCACCACGCGGCUGGCCACCGACGCAUCGCAAGUUCAUGGGAUCUCUGGAGCUCGUUUAGGAAGCAUUGUACAGAGUAUAGCUAACCUAGGGACGGCCUUUGUGAUCGCAUUCAUCUAUGGCUGGAAGCUGACUCUGGUGAUAAUCGCAUUUCUCCCAUUCAUUAUGAUCGCUGGUGCCUUACAAAUGAAGCUUUUACAGGGAGUCGCAGGCCAAAACAAAGAAGCUUUGGAAGAAGCUGGCAAGACGGCCACGGAAUCCAUCGAAAACAUCCGCACAGUGGCGAGUCUGACCAAGGAGGAGAAGAUGGUGGACAACUACCGCAGCCUGCUGAUUGGACCAUACUACACCUCGCUGAAGAAGGCCCACCUCACCGCCCUCGCUUUUUCCUUCUCUACAGGCAUCCUCUUCUUCGCCUAUGCUGCCGCUUUCUGGUUUGGAGCUUACCUGAUUAAGGAAGGAGAGAUGGAUUACACUGAUGUAUUCAAGGUAUUUGGUGCCAUUGUGUUUGGAGCCAUGGCUUUAGGACAGUCCAGUGCCUUCGCUCCAGACGCGUCUAAAGCCAAGGUGUCCGCAGCUCACAUAUUCUAUCUCCUGGAACAGGAACCUACCAUUGAUCCGUACUCGGAGGAGGGCAAGAAAGACUUACCCGUGAAUAGCAAGAUCCGCUUUGAGGGUCUUCGUUUCCGCUACCCGACCCGACCGGAUGUUGAGGUGUUGCAGGGCCUGACCCUAGAGGUGGAACCUGGAGAGACCGUAGCGCUGGUUGGAGCCUCGGGAUGUGGAAAGAGCACCACCGUACAACUGGUGGAGCGGUUCUAUGACCCAGAGGAUGGUAUCGUGUAUUUGGACAGUAACAACAUUAAGGAUCUGAACGUCCAGUGGCUGAGGAGACAGAUCGGAAUAGUAUCUCAGGAACCUGUAUUGUUUGACUGUAGUAUUGCCGAGAACAUAGCGUACGGGGAUAACUCCCGAGAGGUUCCGAUGGCAGAGAUUAUUGAGGCUGCCAGAAAAUCCAACAUCCAUAAUUUCAUUCAAUCAUUGCCUAAGGGCUAUGAUACUCUUUGUGGAGACAAGGGGACACAACUCUCCGGAGGACAAAAACAGCGAGUGGCGAUUGCCCGAGGACUGGUCAGAAAUCCCAAGAUUCUUCUGCUGGAUGAGGCCACAUCUGCCCUCGAUACCGAAAGUGAAAAGAUUGUACAGGAAGCUCUUGACAAGGCACGGGAAGGGAGAACGUGUAUCGUCAUCGCACAUCGACUGUCCACCAUCCAGAACGCCGACAAAAUCUGUGUCAUCAAACACGGUCAAGUGGCGGAGCAGGGUCGUCACAGCGAGCUGAUGGCCAGUCAGGGCAUCUAUUACAGAUUGGUCACGAAAGCGCAGUCACGAAAGGAAAAAUAGUUGAAUCUUAGCUAUUGGAUUUUUAAAAAAAAGAAUUGUCUGUGAAUGUGUUUCAAAAGAGGAACAAUUUUAUGUGUUGGACUAUACCGGUAUAUGAAGAAGUGCUUGACGAACAUUUUUUAAAAAUGUGAAUGAUUUCUUUUUUCUCAUUUAUUUUAAAACCUGAUUCAGGCUUGUUGGUGUUUGUUUGGGCUGUUGAAAUGGAGAAAAGAUUGGCUGAACUAAUAAAUGGUCGUCCCCUGGUUAUUGUAGAUUGUUUGGUAAAAUAACAGGAUAAAAAGUUCCCAAAAAAUCUCAACUUUUUGCAUGAUGGUGCUUUUUCUUAGUAUUCAUUAGGAUUGUACAAUAAUGUGCAUUAUUGUGAUUGUAAUAUGCACUUAGUUGUACUGUAUAUUUCUAAUUAUUCAGCAAGUUAUUUUGGCUUUAAUUCCUAUUGUUUAUCAGAAUUAAUGGUAGCACAUUAUGUACAUGUUUUUUGUUUUUUAAUCUUUUGGCUGUUAUAUUAGGGGCCAAAGAAUAAGUCUCUAUUUUUCACAUUUGUGUAUAAGUAUAUGUAGAGUUAUUUAGCUGGAUCUGGAUGCUCAGGUUGGAUUCAGACUGUGCUGUGUGGUGUAAACCAAUUUUUAUUCAUAACAUUUUUAUCUCGUAAUUUAUCACAAAUAAGCUGGUUCGCUGCGACUAAUUUUUGCGUUCAAGCCUUAUUUAAAUGUACAUAUUGUUAUUUACACCCAUACUGCAAGAACUGGUUUGCGAAAAGAACUAUUUGCGACAAGAAAGUUCUCGCAAACUUUGCAUAAAUUUCUGCCAAGUGAAUAAAAGUUGCCUUGUUGUAACAUAUGGAACUGUGCAAAUCUUUUGUAUUAUGUUAAAAUUUUAACUAUGACCCUUAUUAAAAAUGUACCUUUUAAAUUCAUUGGUCCAUGCAGUUUUUCUGAAAUAAGUCUUUUAUUAAUAAUAAAAAGUUUUUGAAUUUGUGGCUGUCGAAAUCCUGGAAUCAUUUCUUAAAAAGCACCUUGUUAAGACCAAGUCCUCAAACAUUGCUUGGAAGUACCCAAUGAAUUUUAGCUGGGGAGCUCUACAAACCCUAUUUUAAUUCUACCCACCUGCAUGAUAUUCUAAAUUGAUUAUCUGGGGAUAUAUGUACAUGUACCUGUAUUUCUGUCGCCUUUAUUGUAGAUUAAGAUAUAAGUAUUCACUGCUGUUGUGUGUUGCCUGUAUGUGAUAGGAAUGAAUAUUUGCAUAGGUACAUGUUAUUUGUUGAAUUGUUCUAACAAAUGUUAAUGAAUGUUUGAAGGGGUGAACCUUUAGGCUUGUAGAUGUGACAAACUUGAAGCAUCAGAACCAGUAACAUUAUUGAAAUAGAUGACUUUAUUUCAUCUUUUAUUAGUCCUUCAUUGAUGUUUUUAAAUUCUUAAGUGUUAAAUUGGGGGGUUUUUUUUGUUUGGUGAUUUUUUGUGUAGAUAACUCCAGUUGGACACACUCGUAAAAAUACUUUUAAAAAACUACUUACAGCUCUUACAUAUCAUUAUUUUGUGAUCAUUUAUUUAAUCCGGAGACUGAGAGUAUGUUAUCAAAAGAUGUAUUUAUAAACCAUGGUGAACUAUAUAUGUUUGUAGACUUAUAUGUAUGUUUCAUAUAGAAACCGAUUCCCAACUGUAGAGAUUCAAGGUCAUUUGUUACUGGACAAUCAGCCUUUUGUCAAAAUUUUUUAGCAAGUCUGAAAAGUAAAAAAAAAGAUGUAUUUGUUAGUUGCUUUUUGUUCAUUACAUGUAAGACUCAGAGCAAUUUGUUAUUUUAAUAUUCUACCUUCCAGAAAAGCUAGUUUGUUUAAGAGGGCUGGAUGGCAGUGGCCAUUUUUAGGCUAUAUUUACCUCCUUAAUGCGCAGAGCCUUGUAUAGAGAUAAAGAAAACUGUUCAAAUUUUCAAGGUAAAUUCUUUGGAUUUUUCCUUGACAAAACAAUUCCUUGCAUUCUACCGAAAAUAUUUGGGCAGGGAGCAGCGGCUUCCUGAUACUUUAAUUUUUUAUAUGUAUAUAUCAGACAAAUUAUACUUGCUGCAAAAAAAAGUGUGGGGGAUGCUAUAUGCCUGAUGGUUAGGUCUUGCGUAAAAAAAGUUGGGGGAAGGGGCUAGCACCCCCAGUCCCCCCAGUCCCCCCGGUUCCGACGCCUAUGUAUGAUAUUCAAAAGUGUAAGGCAGUUCUGCAUGAUUUGGUUAAUCUAUAAACCAUCCAGCCACCUUAAGUAGAAUUGUUUGCAUGAAGUUUCACUGUUUGUAAUGGUUGUAGUUUCAUGUACGAAAAAAGAAUCUCAAGCUUCAUCCUAAUAAAGAACAACAAGGUUUAAUUUUCUUUUUUGAUCCUUGAGUGAAAAAAUCUACCAAAAAUAAUUUGAAUUUUAUUUUUUUUCAAAUUUGAUUUUGAUUUGUGUAUAUUACUCAAAUAAUUAUAAUUAAGGGUUUCAAUGUUGUUGAUAAAACAUCAAUGUUUUUGAAUUGAAAAAUAUAUGAUCUAUUGGGCACAUUGUCUCUUUCAGAUCUCUAGUUUCUUGACCUGAAAAAUAAAUGUUUGAGAGAUAGUUGUUGUAGUAAGACAAUGGUCCCAAAACUAUACUUGUACACAAUCAUUUAACCACAUGUUAAACGUGUGUAAUACGGGUGUAUACAGUUGUACUAGCAAUCUGUCUUUCAAAGAUUUACCUCUCUUUAUUUUGAUUUAAAAAUGCAUGUUUGGUUUUUUUACUUUCAACACUGACUGUAAAUCAUUGACAAAUGUCAUCCAAUUUUUAUCAUUUGGUUAACAAAAACAAAUGUGUAUUUUGAUAGCAAAUUAUGUUCCAUUUAUUAGAGCUGUUUCUAUUCCCAACCAGUUUAUCAUUUAAGAACCAUUUUAACAAGAGCUUGGACUUUAGGUAGUUGUGUCAAUCGGCAAUGUGAUGUAGGCCUGUCUAUUUCAUUAUAGGCCACUCAGCCAUGGCUCUUUGAAAUUAACAAAAUUUGUAUGACUUUUGAGCUAAGACUACGCAAUUAGUGCUUAUUUCACUUGAAGUUGCGUCAUUUUUAAUUUUGUUUUAACGCAAGAAAUGGAUAGUUACGUCCUACUGAAAGUCCAAGAUCUUGUAAAAAUGGUUCUAAGUAUACAGAAUGCUAGUACAUGGGUAAUGUACAUGUACCAUACAGCAUUUAUAGUGGGUUGAGAAAGUCCUAUUGGGACAUAAAUUGUGGCAUAUUUAUGGGUCCACCCCUCUUCCCCCCCCCCCCC